GCGAAUAGCUGGUUGUUUUUGUCGAUCCAGUUUGGCUGUCCUCUAACCUGUCUGGUUGGAAAGGGAACGAAGCGUGAUGUGUGUCUAGUUUAGAUGAUUGUCUUUCAAGCCUGAAAUCUUAAGAAGAAGUUCAUCAUGGCUUCAAAGAAAAGCGAAUUAAAGAAAAGUGAGAAACAGGUGGAUAAAACUGAAAAAGCUUUAGCUGCUGAGAAAGAACAAUUCAUCAAACUACAGCUACACAGCAUCACAAAGUCUAUCACCAGUUCAGAAGCUCCUAUCAAAGAGAAAUAUGGACGCAACAUCAUUUUAGGAACAUAUAAGGAAGGAGGUGCCGUCACAUUCUGGUCUCACACCGUCAGUCUGCCGCUGUCCAGUAACGCCAUCCUGAGCUGGAAAUUCUGCAACAUGGUGCACAAACUGCUUCGAGACGGACACCCCAAUACGCUGCGAGACAGCAGAGGUCAAACCACCAGGAUCAGACAAAUGGGAAUAUUAUGGGGGAAUCUACAUGAUAGAUAUGGACAUAUAGUUGCUUUGUAUGCCAAGCUGCUGUGCAUCAAGAUCGACUUUCAUUUAAAGCAUCUGGAAAUCCCCCCAAAUCUUGAAACACCAGAGGAAGAUCUUGAUAAAGCCAUCGCCAUUGAUAUCAAUAAAGUGUUUGACAUGACAGGUGAAGUUCUUGACUACAUGGAGGCAGGACUAAAGCUGCAAGAAACUGUUUUCCGUCAGAUGGAGUCUAAUUCCACCAGUUCCACCACAGCAGUGGGUCAGUGUCGUCUGGCACCGCUUGUUCCGGUCAUUCAGGACUGCGGUCCGCUUUAUCACUUCCUGGUCAAACUUCUGUUUAAGCUGCACAGCCGAAUACCAGUGGACGCUCUGUUGGGACACAGGGAACGAUUCCGGGAUCAGUUCAACAGCCUGACGCAGUUUUUCGAGCGAGCGAGAGCCAUGGAGUUUUUUAAGAGUAUCAUUCAAAUCCCAGAUCUUCCCAGUGAGCCCCCAAACUUCUUGCGGGCGGCUGCUUAUUCAGAUCACGUGAAGCCGGUGGUGGUUCAGAAUCACAGAAUGACUGAAGACGAAGACACUCAACUGGACUUUAGUGAAGGACAGUCUAAUCAAAUGUAUAAUGGUUACAACCACUUUGACCCUACAAGUGAUAUACCAGAGCAAAGGCAGACAGAAGCUGACAGUCUCAGGAAAGAACUUGAGGUGGUGAAACCAGAACUGGAGUUAAUGAAAGUGGAGGCUCAGCGUGCCGUGGUCCAGCUCAAGACGCAGGUGAAUAAACUGGAGGGGGAGCUGGAGGACCAGCGCACGCACAAGCAGAUGGCGCUGGUGGAGAACGAGCGUCUGCGCAUGGAGAUGGAUGCUCUUAGGAUGCAGACGGCAGUCGCAGCCAGCCUACAGGCCACGGUCGAGGACGCGGGCAGCAGAGCUCAGACCGCUCAGAUGCAUUUCAGCCGACUCAAAGAGAAACACGCCGAACUGGUCAGCAAACAUGCUGACCUCAUGCAGAAGAACGCAGAGAUGGUGAAGCAGAUCAACAGCCCUCAGCAGGCUGAAGGAGAGCUUGUGACGACCCAACGGCAGCUGGAGGCACACAGAGCAGAAAUCGAACGGCUAAAGAACGAGUUACAGACCGAAAGAGCUGAAAAGUCACAAGUCCAUAAUGCUUUGCAGAGCAAAGAGAAGACAGGAGAUCAGUUGAGCAGUGUGUUAGUGGGUCUCCAGAUGGAGAAAGAGGCUCUGCUGCGUACAAUUAAAGAACAGGAGGCUGAAAUCGCUAACUUGCGUCAGGCCGUUCAGCUCCAUCAGACCUCACUGCAGCAGGAGAGAGAGACAAAUCAGAGAGAAAUGACAGCACGGCACAACCAACUGCAGGAAAAAGCAGGAGAUCAGCUGAGCAGCGUGUUGGUGGGUCUGCAAGCGGAGAAAGAAGUUCUUCUGCGUUCUGUGAAAGGACAGGAAGCUGAAAUCUCUACCCUGCGUCAGACCGCACAGCUCCACCAGGCUGCACUGUUGCAAGAGAGAGACAGAAGUCAGAGAGAAAUUGCAACACUCCACAACCAAAUGCAAGCCAAGUUGAGUCUGGAUUCAGGAGCGUUGAAGCAGAAGUUACAGGAUGAGCAGUUCAGUCUGUUGCAGUGCGCUGUGGUUGAGGCCGAGGGUAUCGUACUGGAUGCCGUGGCCAAACUGGACGAUCCGGUUCACGUGCGAUGCAUCAGCACGCCAGAUUAUUUGAUCAAUCGGGCUGAGCUGACAUUGGCAUGUAUUGAUAAAAUGCAGCAGAGUCACGCGGGAUAUUUGAGCAACAUGGAGGAUGCCAGCAGUAUGUUGAGGUCGGUCACUCAGUUCUCACACCUCAUCUCUGACACCAUUGUGAAUGGAGCGGGCGCUGCACAUUCGGCACCGACGGACCAAGCAGACCGUUUGACAGAUAACUGCAGGGAUUGUGCGACCCACUGCCUUCAGUUUUUAAAAGAGCUCAAGUUGAAGGCCACGCUCCCGAGAGCAAACCCCACUGGCGUCCGCUGCGUGGUCCAGCGCAUCCUCAACCAAGGCCAGGACCUGCGGCCCAGAGGCGCAGAUGUAAGAAAGGAAGAGCUAGCUGAUAUGGUGGAUAAGGAAAUGGCUGCAACAUCUUCUGCCAUUGAAGACGCUGUGAUGAGGAUGGAUGAAAUACUGAGUCAGGCGAGGAGAGACACUUCUGGAAUCAAACUGGAAGUGAAUCAAAGCAUCAUUGGCUCCUGCUCGGAUCUAAUGAAGGCCAUACACAUGUUGGUUACGGCCGCCACUGACCUACAGAGAGAUAUUGUUGAAAGUGGACGGGGUGCCGGCUCUGUCAAAGAUUUCUAUGCUAAAAACUCCCGCUGGACGGAGGGUCUCAUUUCAGCCUCCAAGGCUGUGGGAUGGGGCGCUACACAGAUGCUAGAAUCGGCUGAUAAAGUGGUGACAGACAGAGGAAAAUACGAAGAUUUGAUCGUCUGCUCUCAUGAGAUCGCCGCCAGUACGGCUCAGCUCGUUGCUGCCUCAAAGGUAAAGGCAGAUCGAGGAAAUAAGAAGCUUAUAACGUUACAACACGCCUCCAGGCACGUGAAUGAUAUGACUGCUGUUGUAGUGACGUCUACUAAGGCAGGACAAAUGCAGAUUGAGGAAAAAGACACUAUGGACUUUUCGGGCUUGUCUCUCAUAAAGCUUAAAACUGAGGAGAUGGACUCUCAGGUGAAAGUGUUAGAGUUGGAGAACCAGCUGACACACGAGCGCGUCCGGUUGGGAGAACUCAGGAGGAAACACUAUGAAAUGGGCGGAAUUGGAUUGAACUCAACUUUAGGGUCAGCGGUGAAUGAUUUUGACAGUUCACUUCCUACAGUCUUUCCUGACCCUCCAAGGAUGGAACUGCCCAGUCUGGAACAGAACGGACCGGACUCAACGAGAUUAGAACCACUAAGACUCAACCCACCUCAAUUUGAACCUGUGAGAUUAGAACCGUCAGCACCAGAACCUGUCAAAAACACGAACUCUAAACUUACGUUCUUUCAUAAAUUUAGGAAGCCUCCUCAAUAACGCUGUGAGUAUUAAAACCGCUCGUCUGUGAUUCAUAUGUUUCAUUAGAAAUGACAUUCAGAUUUGAAGUCGUUUGUCCUGAUUGUCUUACAAAGUUUAGAGCUCGAGACCCAGAUGUGUGAAGAAGCCACGAAAAAAAUACAUUAUUGUGAAAGAUAUUUUUGUCAUUGGAGCUUUUGUAUUCUAUUUUGUCAGUGUCCUGAGAGACAAUAAGGUUUGAGUUAAAAACCUGAACAUUUAACACACCGAAAUUAAAGAUUUUAUAGAUGUUAUCAUCUUGAGCCGGGAAUCUUCAUUCAUAACCUGCAUUGUUUACCUAAAGUACCCUAUUAGAUUUGAAUCAGUGUCAUCUUUAUAUCAUUUGCAUUAUUUGUCUGCUUAAUUAUUUAAUCUAAUGAAUUCAAACUACUCAUUUAAACUAAUGUAAUGUUUUGGUAAAACUAUGUAAAUACUGCAUUUAGUUUUUCUAUGUGGUAAUA